AUGGAGCGGCCCCGGGGAGCUGCGGACGGUGUGCAGCGCCGGCCCCUCGGCUUCGUCGGCCUCCCGCUGCCGCCGCCAGUGUUGCUGCUGCUGCUGCUGCUGCUGCUGUUGUCGCCGCCGGCGGCCGUGAGCCACGACCGACUGGACGCGCCGCCGCCGCCCGCGUCUCGGCCGCUGCGCUGGUCCGGCCCCGUCGGGGUGAGCUGGGGGCUGCGCGCGGCCGCGGCCGGGGACCCGGGUUUCCCUCGCAGCGGUCGUUGGCGUCGCGGCGCGCCGGACGACGACCAGGGCUGCGGCCGGGUGCCCGACUUCGUCGCCAAGCUGGUCAACAACACGCACCAGCAUGUGUUUGAUGAUCUCAGUGGCUUGGUGUCCUUGUCUUGGGUUGGAGAUAGCACUGGGGUUAUCCUCGUCCUGACGACUUUCCACGUGCCACUGGUAAUUAUGAGCUUUGGCCAGUCCAAGUUAUACCGAAGUGAGGAUUAUGGGAAGAACUUUAAAGAUAUUACAAACCUCAUCAAUAACACCUUCAUCCGGACUGAAUUUGGCAUGGCUAUUGGUCCUGAGAACUCUGGAAAGGUGAUACUAACAGCAGAGGUGUCUGGAGGAAGCGGCGGAGGAAGAGUGUUCAGGUCGUCAGACUUUGCAAAGAACUUUGUGCAGACAGAUCUCCCAUUUCACCCUCUGACUCAGAUGAUGUACAGCCCUCAGAAUUCUGAUCACCUCCUAGCCCUCAGCACUGAAAAUGGCCUGUGGGUGUCCAAGAAUUUUGGGGGAAAAUGGGAAGAAAUUCGCAAAGCAGUAUGUUUGGCCAAAUGGGGACCAGAAAACAUCAUCUUCUUUACCACCUAUGUGAAUGGCUCCUGUAAAGCUGACCUUGGCUCACUGGAAUUGUGGAGAACUUCAGACUUAGGAAAAAGCUUCAAAACCAUUGGUGUGAAAAUCUACUCAUUUGGUCUUGGGGGACGUUUCCUUUUUGCCUCUGUGAUGGCUGAUAAGGAUACAACAAGAAGGAUCCACGUGUCAACAGACCAUGGAGAUACAUGGAGCAUGGCCCAGCUCCCCUCUGUGGGACAGGAGCAAUUCUAUUCCAUUCUGGCAGCCAACGACGAUAUGGUAUUCAUGCAUGUCGAUGAACCUGGAGAUACUGGAUUUGGCACAAUCUUUACCUCUGAUGAUCGAGGCAUUGUCUAUUCCAAGUCUCUGGACCGACAUCUGUACACUACCACAGGCGGAGAGACUGAUUUUACGAACGUGACCUCGCUCCGUGGCGUCUACAUAACAAGCAUGCUCUCAGAAGAUAAUUCUAUCCAGACCGUGAUCACUUUUGACCAGGGAGGAAGGUGGACGCACCUGCGGAAGCCUGAGAACAGCCAGUGUGAUGCUACUGCAAAGAACAAGAACGAGUGCAGCCUUCAUAUUCAUGCUUCCUAUAGCAUCUCCCAGAAGCUAAACGUUCCAAUGGCCCCACUCUCAGAACCCAAUGCCGUAGGCAUAGUCAUCGCUCACGGUAGUGUGGGAGAUGCCAUCUCGGUGAUGGUCCCAGAUGUGUACAUCUCAGACGAUGGCGGUUACUCAUGGGCAAAGAUGCUGGAAGGACCCCACUAUUACACCAUCCUGGAUUCCGGAGGCAUCAUCGUGGCCAUUGAGCACAGCAACCGUCCUAUCAAUGUGAUUAAGUUCUCUACAGAUGAAGGCCAAUGUUGGCAAACCUACACGUUCACCCAGGAGCCCAUCUACUUCACUGGCCUUGCUUCGGAACCUGGAGCCAGGUCCAUGAACAUCAGCAUUUGGGGGUUCAUAGAAUCUUUCCUAACCCGCCAGUGGGUCUCCUACACUGUCGAUUUUAAAGAUAUCCUUCAAAGGAACUGUGAAGAGAAAGACUAUACCAUAUGGCUCGCACACUCCACCGACCCUGGAGAUUACGAAGAUGGCUGCAUUUUGGGCUAUAAAGAACAGUUCCUACGGCUACGCAAGUCAUCAGUCUGUCAGAAUGGUCGAGACUAUGUUGUGACCAAGCAACCGUCCAUCUGUCCCUGCUCCCUGGAGGACUUCCUCUGUGACUUUGGCUACUUCCGUCCAGAAAAUGCCUCAGAGUGUGUGGAGCAGCCAGAACUGAAGGGGCACGACCUGGAGUUUUGUCUGUACGGAAGAGAAGAACACCUGACCACGAACGGGUACCGGAAGAUUCCCGGAGACAAAUGCCAAGGGGGGAUGAAUCCAGCUCGAGAAGUGAAAGACUUGAAAAAGAAAUGCACAAGCAACUUUUUGAAUCCCAAAACGCAAGACUCUCGCCCACAGGGACACAGCGUGUCCCAGAAUCCAGCUCCGCCUCCUCUUGGAUACAUUGAAAACACACACUUCCUAUCUCCCACCCAGAAGCAGAGUUCCAAGUCGAAUUAUGUUCCCAUUGCCCUGGCCAUCGUGGGACUGAUGCUGGUCACCGUCGUAGCAGGAGUGCUCAUUGUGAAGAAGUAUGUCUGUGGUGGAAGGUUCCUGGUGCACCGGUACUCGGUGCUCCAGCAGCACGCAGAGGCCGACGGCAUGGACGCGUCGGACACAGCCGCCCAUGCUAACAAGAGUGGGUACCACGAUGACUCAGACGAGGACCUCCUGGAAUAGCUCUUCCAAGGAGCUGGGAUCAGAGCGCGGAUGGCGGAGCCACAGUACCUCCUACACUCCCUGCUGCUCCGACUUGGGGAAACACAUUUCCCCCUGCAACGGACCCAGCUUUGUUUCUGCUGCUUCCACCCAAGCCAAAAGGACCUGUACUAAACAAAUGCAGGGUCGGGGUGGGGGUGGGGAGCCCCGCGCUCGUACACUGGCUCUGCCAGGGGGACACUUUAAAUUCUGUAACUUUUUAUUUCACGUUCUGUCUUUUGUUAAAGUAUGGGCUUUGGGGUUUUGUUUAUUUAAGGGAAAUGAAAUGGAAUUCAAAGGGAUUGUUUCACUAACCCAUUCUUGCGUGUUCUGCAUGGUGCCCACACCAGGGCAUCUGCCAACUCCAGCAUCAACUCCCACGUCACACCUGGUGCUGUCCUGGGCUCUGCUGGCCAUGUGAAGCAGCCUCAGAGAGGAAGACAGAGGGGGCAGUGACUGGCGCUGCCGGGCCGGCUCUUCUCCCUCCGCGUGUGCCCAGCCCGGCGGGAAGGACCUGCGCCCAGCUCCUCACACAGUCUCAGCGCUGCUUCCUCACCACUGGCCCUCCAAGACGACAGGCCUCGGUGACUUGUCUUCCCCUGUUUAAUUAGGCAAUACCCUUGUUAAUUGCUCCUUGGCAACCAGUUUAACCAUGUGCUUCCAAGACACCAAAUCAGGAAAUCUUACAGGGCAAUAUUUUUAACUGGGGGCAGGAAGAAGGGAACAACAGAGAAGUGGCAAGAUUUAACACCUAGUAAAGACGAGAUUUUGGCCACUUCUGA